AUGGCGCCUCCGCUGCAAGAGAUCGUGUCCUCACCGCAGGCACCCGCCGUGCUGCAGGACGAGGUCGACAUGAACACGUUCAACCAGAUUGCCGAGAUCGACGACUCGGGCAACAGCUCCUUCUGCAUCUCGCUCUACUUCGACUUCUUUGGCCAGGCCGAAGACACCUUCAAGUCGAUGCGCUCUGCCCUGGACAUUCAAGACUACGACAGGCUCUCCUCUCUCGCGCACUACAUCAAGGGCUCGUCUGCGACGGUCGGCCUCUUCAAGAUCCACGACGGCUGCGAGCGCAUCGAGCGCUUCAGCAAGCAGCGCGACGGCAGCACUGUGGUCUCUCCGCAGGACGCCCAGCAGAGCACCAGCCAGAUCCGCGACGUCCUGGUCGCGCUGCAAGAACACAACAAGAGGGCCGAGCACGCCCUCCGGCGACACUUUGGCAUGAAGACGGAAGCAUGA